CACCGUCUCCACCACGGCACCACCAUCACUCCAACACCACCGCCUCCCUCUCCGUUCUCUUCCUCCCAACGACUCAAACCGCCACCGUCGCGGCUCCCUGAACCACCAGACCAGCCCAGAGCCCAGCCCACCACAAACGCUGCUGCUGCUGGAGAGAGGGGCGCGCGGGCGGACGGGAGCGAUGGGCAACUGCCAGGCGGCGGAGGCGGCGGCGGUCAUCAUCCAGCACCCCGGCGGGAAGGUCGACCGGCUCUACUGGUCCACCACCGCCGCCGAGGUCAUGCGGAACAACCCGGGACACUACGUUGCCCUCGUCAUACUCCGUGUUCCUGCAGAUAACAAGCCCGCCGCCGCCGCCGCCGCCGCCGCCGGGGACGCCGCGGCGUCCUCCGGCCCCGGCAGUGGUGGGGCCAAGAUCACCAGGGUCAAGCUGCUGAAGCCCAAGGACACGCUUCUCCUUGGCCAGGUCUACCGCCUCAUCACCGCGCAAGAGGUGACGAAGGCGGUGCGGGCGAGGAAGAACGAGAAGAUGCAGCGGUGCGAGGCCAUCAGGCAGCAGCACGAGCAGCUCCGGCGCGGCGACGGGGCUCACCAGAGCUCUUCCAGCCAGGACGGGAAGCAGGACAAGGACCGGCACCGGGGAAGAGGCCGGCACUGGCGGCCGGUGCUGCAGAGCAUCUCCGAGUCCGCGAGCCAGAGCAGCAGCAGCAUCGUCUCUGAAUCCGCCACCAGCUAAUGCUACUGACCGGACUGUGCCAUCCGGCCGGUGCUCUCUUUCUUUCUUUUUCUUUUGGGAUUUCUGUUUGCUUGUUAGUAUAGAGUGCUUGAGCCUAGCCAGAAAUGGAAAAAAAAACUGUAAAUCAGAGUGUCAGGGCAGGACUAAUAGGAAGUUUGUUUCGUCUGUCAAUGUGAUUUGGCAUGGUGAAACUGACACUAAAACCGCGUAUUCAGAUCAAUCGAGUGGUUUGCCAAUUGCAACA